AUGGAGAAUGGCCUGACCAAAGGCCUGGAAUGGGAUGGCCUUCCUCAUGGGCUGGUGGGCUCCUCCUUCCCAGAGGUCCUCCAGCACACCCGGGAUGUCUCCUUGCCAGGAAAGCAGGAAUUGUUUGAGUUGCUUAGGAAGGAACAAAAGAGAGUGAACAAGGCCCCAAAUUCCUUCCGCUACAAUAGGCUGAUCCACUGGAAGACAGUGGGCAUGGAGCCGGCCACAGAUGGCAAGGGCAUCAUGGUGAUGCUGAAGUGGUGGUCAGGUCAGAGGAAGCCUGCCACUUCCUGUGUGAGGACCACCAUCAACGAAAAUGCCCAGGGCACUCUCAACAGCGUCUGGCACAUGAUUCACAAGAACAAAUACCAGAAAGAUCUCCACAUGGCUGUUUUGCACCAGGCCAGUGCCAUCCUGUGGAGCCAGAAGCCAGUGGUGGUGAAGAAGAAUCAAACCCGCCCACCCAAGAGCACUUAG